GUACGCGCAUUGUGGAAAGACCGACCACCUCCUCCCCCUCCUCCCCUCCUCCGGUCGCCUCCGGCCUUCCCCCCCGCACGCCCAGCUACGCGUGGCGCGACAGCCUCUCGCUGGCGUCCAUGGCAGCGGCGGAGGUGUACUCGCCGACCGCGGCGGCGGCGGCGCAGCAGCAACAGCGGGGGAAGGCGGCGACCCAGGUAUGGCGGACGGUGGUGGGUUGGAUCGGCUUCCUCCUCCAGGUCCUGCUCCAGAUCCUCCGGGGCACGCCCUCCUGCGCCCAGCUCCUCUCCUUCGUCGGCUUCCGCUACCCCCUCCUCUCCGCGACGGCGGCCUCCGACCCGUCGCCGGAGGUGGCCUUCAUGCCGCUCCACUCCGAGAUCCCAGCCGACGCGGCUCCUGUCCCGGCGCCUCCGCCCGCGCCCCUCGAGAGACUCACGGUAGUGCUUGACUUGGAUGAGACAUUAGUUUCUGCAUACGAGUCAUCUGGUCUUCCUCCUAUUGUACGCACCCAAGCUGUUGAAGCAGGACUACAUUGCUUUGACAUGGAGUGCAUAUCCACUGAUAAGGAUGUUGAAGGAAAACAAAAGGUGAAUCACGUUACUGUUUUUGAACGUCCUGGCCUGCAUGAGUUCUUGCAGAAAACUAGUGAGUUUGCAGAUCUUAUUCUCUUUACAGCAGGGUUGGAAGGUUACGCAAGACCUUUAGUUGAUACAAUAGAUGCCCACAAUCGAUUCAAACUCCGUCUCUAUCGUCCAUCAACUGUUACUACGGAAUAUAGAGAGCAUGUGAAAGAUCUUUCUUGCAUUUCAAAAGAAUUCUCCAGAAUCGUCAUUGUCGACAACAAUCCCUUCAGCUUCAUACUACAACCUUUGAAUGGAAUACCCUGUGUUCCAUUUUCAGCUGGACAACACUCUGAUGAUCAACUCAUGGAGGUUAUAUUUCCACUUCUGAAGCGCCUCUCUCUCCAGAGAGAUGUGAGGCCAGCCUUGUACGAAAGGUUUCAUAUGCCUGAAUGGUUCCAAAAGCAUGGGAUCCCACAAACUGACCAGGCAGUGUAAGAAUUGUUUAGAUGAAGGAUCAAGUGCCUGCCAUGCCAUAUGUCUCAUAGGGGAGAGCACAUGGUACAUUAUAUUUAUAUUCUUUUAGGUAUUCUGAUAAGAUCACAUCAUUGUUCAUACGGGAUUGCCAUGUCUGGAGAUAAAGGAAUCGGUUAAGGAAUUGUAAUCUAGCAGAAUGUCAGAUUUGUAUUGGUGUUAACAUCAAUUGUUGUAUAUCACCUUUUGUUGUAAAAUUUGAUUGUUCAUAGUUCAGAUAAUCUAAUGCACAA